CGGGACUUCCGCCGGGAGCUGUCGGCUGGCGGUGCUGCGGGUGGAGCUGGAGCUGGAGCUUUAACCAAAGUAGCUUUGGCUUUAACGGCCCAAGAACAGGGCUUUGCGGUGACACUGAGGGCGAGUCGUUCCCUAUCGUGGAGUUGGCCUGGGGCUUUGCUGGACGACUGAUAUUUUGGUUGUGUAUGUGCGGUAACAAUAUGUCAUCGCCGGUUCCUAUCAUUAUCCCCGCUACCAAAAAAGCAACUGCUGCGGUUAUCUUUCUCCAUGGACUGGGAGACACUGGACAUGGUUGGGCUGAGGGACUGUCAACUAUCAAGAUACCACAUGUGAAAUACAUUUGUCCAAAUGCGCCUACUGCUCCUGUCACAAUGAACUUCAAUAUGACUAUGUCAUCCUGGUUUGAUAUCUUUGGACUAACUGUGGAUUCUCAUGAAGAUGAGGGAGGCAUCAGGAAGGCUGCUGAUAAUGUUAAAGAAAUGAUAAAUCUGGAAGUUAGAAAUGGGAUACCAUCUAAUCGAAUUAUUUUGGGAGGAUUUUCUCAGGGAGGUGCUCUGUCAUUGUACACAGCACUGACAACACAUCAGAGGCUUGGAGGUGUGAUUGGCCUUAGCUGUUGGCUUCCACUUCGGAAAGCUUUUCCGCAGGCUGCUGCUAAUAGUCCAAACAAGGAUAUUCAUGUUCUUCAAUGUCAUGGAGAGAUAGACCCCCUAGUGCCUCUAUCGUUUGGAGAUCUUACUGCAGAAAAAUUAAAAUCUCUCAUCAAUCCAGAAAAUGUCAUUUUCAAGUCCUACCCAGGCAUGGCACAUGGUUCUUGUGCCAAGGAAAUGUCUGAUGUCCAAGAGUUCAUUGAAAAGAUGCUACCUCCAAUCAACUAAUGAAAAGCCAGAAUUUUUUUUCUAAGAAGCUGCACCAGCAUCUGAUCAUGAUAGACCCUAAUCUUCCUUUCACUUACCUACAUAAGAUGCAAGUCAUCCAUCAUUUUAACAUUAGCACUUUUUUCUCAAUUUAUAUUCUGUAAUUGUCACAGUAACUUGGUGUUACGUUGAGGUUGCGCUGUCUGCUAGUUUAUACUGAGCAAUGCAGUAAUUGCAGGCAGCAUUUUAAAAAGCUUAUCUACAAUGCAAUCAUUCCAGUUUUUACUUUGUCCGGGUACUAUUUGCUUUGUUCAGCCUGAGAUUCAUUCUAUCUUGACUAAGUGUGGUAUUGGUGAGUGUAUGAACAUAUAGAAGAAACAAGUUACAACAUGCAAGUGUCUAUAAUCUCCCAAAAGGUCACUUGCUAUUUGUGUUUUACUGCAACAAAAAUUGUCAUAGAAAUCAAAUAAAGGUCAUAUUUGAUAACCAAUGGUUUGUUCGUAUAAGUGUGACGUUCUGAUUAGUUUUAAAGUAUAUUUUUCUCUAAAGCAUUUGGCAUCCAUAUAAAACAGUAGGAAUAAGUGUUCUAAUGGAACAACUGUUUCCAAGUCGUAGUCAAAACUGCAUGAAGCCAGGAGCACCAAAACAAUUGGUACUUGCACACUUGAAAAAAUGCAUCUUUUUUUAGGCAUUGUUAAUUAUGAUCCAAUAUACCAGUCAAAGAGACAAUUCUGAAUCGGAUAAUUAUUGGCUUUAUUUGAUUAUAUUCAUUUCCAAGUUUUAAACUGCACAGGGAUAUCUUUAUAUGAUAUAUAUUCCAGUUAGAUUUGUGCAAAGUUGUAAUGAUGGAUGUGGCGUGUACUCUUAUUUCCUUUUUGUAUAAUGUGGAAUUUGCCGACAUUUAAAAAAAUACGAAAAUGGAUUAAUCUCAGCCAAAUACGUGGCUUGUGUAACACACAAAUAAUUCUAGAAUGCAAAUAGGUUUCAGUGGCAAGCAUGCUUCAUAGUUUUCAAAGCAGCAUAAUGAGAUUCAAUAGAACCAUCCAACUGUCACAAUUGGUACAAUGCUUAAUUUAUUUCUGAAAAAUAUGGCUUUUGUACAGAAUUGCAUUUUAAAAAAAAGUAAAUUUCCAUGGAAACUAGGUGGUUCCUCUCUGAACAGAUGCAAUUUACCAUCGUUUGAAAUAUUUUCAAAAAUAAAUUAUGUUUCAAUUGAACGAAUAUGAAAAUGUAAAGGAAUGUUAGACUGGAUUUGGAAGCAAAGAAAUUUUGUGUGGCAGAUAAAAACAUUUUUAGAAUAUAGUCACAAGAAAGGGAGCCAACGUCCGAAACUAAGGUGUGUAAUGAUUUUUGUUAAUUAAAAUCAUUACUAUGGAAAAAGCCCUGCAGUUCCUGUACGACAUGUAACUGUGAACAGCUAAUUCACAAAUAUUUGCCAAGGUUAAGGUAAAUCUGUCCUACUUUAGUGCAGAUAUUAAUUUCAAAGAAUGGGCUAAAAACGACUUUAAAAUAAACCACAAUUGAUACCGAACUGUUAAGAGCUCACAUGGGCUAUGUGUUUUGGUUAUUUACUUUUGGGUUAAUUGUUUUCUCUUGGACUGAAACUAUUUAAAAAAUAUUUUCAAACCAAAAUCCAGUGUGGAUAAGAUGGAUAGGGACUUUGUCUAAAAUGUCUAGGCUAUGACAAAUGGACUUCUAACUGUUCUACUUGUACUUAUUUGCUGGUAUGUCCUGUUGGAAUUUUGUGGGCUGGGAACUUUACAAAAGAUUGUCCUUAAUGCCAUUGUCUGAAUUGGUGAAUAAAUCCAAAAUUAAAAAA